AUGAAGUUCUUCAUUUUUAUCUGCCUUUUGGCUGUUGCCCUUGCAAAGCAUAAGAUGGAACAUGUCUCCUCCAGUGAGGAAUCUAUCAACAUCCAGGAAACAUAUAAGCAGGAAAAGAAUAUGGCCAUUCACCCCAGCAAGGAGAACCUUUGCUCCACAUCCUGCAAGGAAGUUGUAAGGAACGCAAAUGAAGAGGAGUAUUCUAUCAGCUCAUCUAGUGAGGAAUCUGCUGAUGUUGCCACAGAGGAAGUUAAGGUUACUGUGGAUGAUAAGCACUACCAGAAAGUACUGAAUGAAAUCAGUCAGUUUUAUCAGAAGUUCCCCCAGUAUCUCCAGUAUCUGUAUCAAGGUCCAAUUGUUAUGAACCCAUGGGAACAGGUUAAGAGAACUUCUGGCCCCUUUAUUCCCACUGUGGACAGAGAUCAUCUCUCCACCAGUGAGGAAAAUUCAAAGAAGAUUGUUGAUAUGGAAUCAACAGAAGUAUUCACUAAGAAAGCUAAACUGACCGAAGAAGAAAAGAAUCACCUAAAUUUUCUGAAAAAAAUCAGCCAGUAUUACCAGAAAUUCGCCUGGCCCCAGUAUCUCAAGACUGCUUAUCAGUAUCAGAAAGCUAUGAAGCCAUGGACUCAACCUAAGACGAAUGCUAUUCCCUAUGUGGAUUACAGUGACAACAUAGGCAGUCCUUACCCAGUUAACCCAUCUGCAAGUAUUUCUUACCCAGUUAACCCAUCUGCAAGUAUUCCUUAUCCCAUGCCAGACAGUGAUUACACUCCUCCUGUCUAUCUUACAAAGACUAACUUCCCCAAUUACCCUGUGAAUCCUGAUCUUGAUACAGCAGUACCCUCAAAUCCCCUGGUUUUCACUGCUCUUGGAGCUCCCCUCUACAGUAUUGCUAGUCUUCCCAUAUCUCCUUUUCCCCAUCAACUUCCUCCUACUGGGGUUUUCCGCCUUGUUCCUGCCUCAAGUAGACCUACGGGACCUUUUUACCCACCUAAUGAAGCUGCACCUUCUGCAGACAAUACAUACAUAGUUGAGAUUCUUGUCCCACCUACCACACCCCCACCUACUCUCCCAGAUAUCCAACCACUUACUCUGACAGAGCCUGAUGAAGCCGAGCCUGCAGCAGCUGCCCAUGUUGGUCUAGAACCUCACUCCUCUAUUUCUUUUGACCAGGCCCAGCUCGGAGGUUUCCUGCCCUGUGAAGGUUUAUCAGCCCACUCCAUCCUUGAUCCACAUAUGCCAGGGCCUUACCUCUAUUCCGUCCUCAUCAAACAGGACGACACUCAUUAG